AUGUCCAAUUCAGUCAAAGUCAGUCAAACAGCAUACAAUACAAUAUUGUUGCAUUGUGCAAAAUAUCCCGCUUCAGCAACAACGGGAAUCUUGAUCGGUACAAGUGGAAAUGAAGGCACAUUAGUCGUAUCAGCAAUUCCACUUCAACAUCAUUGGAAUCAAUUAAGUCCAAUGGUCGAAGUAGGUUUGAGCUUGAUUCAAGCACAUCUAUCUAGCGAAGCUUCUUCUUCGACGAGGAUCGUAGGAGUGUAUUAUGCGCCAAACGAUGUAAUUUCUUCAACAAAACCAGAACUAAAUCCAUUACCACUCAAAAUUGCUCAAACAAUAUCAACAAAGAUUGGUACAGAUUCCAUCGCCUUGCAGAUAAACAAUGCAAAGUUGUCCAAUAGCAGCAAAACUGACAUGCAUGCUUUAUCGGCUUAUAGUGUCUCCGCAUUCACAGCACAACCCAAACCUAUCUCCGCACAAAAUGCUGUCAAGGUUGGUGAUGGAAACAGCAGUGCUACAACUUUGGCAAAGGCCGAAAUUGCAAAGGGAAAAUGGCAGGAUAUUGUCGACUUUGAUGAUCAUCUAGAGGACACAAGCAGAGAUUGGCUCAAGACUGUCGCAGCAUAG